UGGCAGUUCGACACGUGGAAACUCCGAGAAGCUAGUCGGGGCCACCCGCUAUCCACUCUGGGCUACUAUCUCAUACAGCGAGCGGGCCUGGUCCAGCGGUUCAAAAUCAACCCCGUCACGCUGGCAAGGCUGCUUCGCCACAUCGAGGCGGGCUAUCCGGACAACCCCUACCACAACGCCACUCACGCCGCGGACGUGCUCCAAACCCUGCACGUCAUCAUCCACGGAGCCCGGCUGCAUGUCCACUACCUGGACCAGCUGGGGCUGCUGGCGGCGUACUUUGCAGCGAUCAUCCACGAUUAUGGCCACCCUGGAGUCACCAACGACUUCCUUAUAGCCACAUCGGAUCCGUUGGCAGUUCGAUACAACGACCGCUCGCCGCUGGAGAACCACCAUGCGGCGGCUGCCUUCUCUGUGCUCCGCCGUCCUGAGCUGGACGUGACAGCCCCCCUGCCGCAACCGGAUCGGACUGCCUUCAGGAAGCAGGUCAUUGACCUGGUUCUGGCCACCGAUAUGAAACAGCACUUCGCCGUACUCGCGCACUUCAAUACCCAUGCGGGAAAAUCGCACCUGCUCUCCAACACGUAUCCGCAAACUUCCCACCCCUCGAACCCCAACCUCGGCACACUGCAGAUUGCCAUCAAGGCUGCGGAUCUGGGGCACCUAGGAGAGGAGCUUGAGGUGCACAAAAGGUGGCUGUCCCACCUCGAGGAGGAGUUUUUCCGUCAGGGUGACAGGGAGCGGGAGCUGGGUCUGCCCAUGAGCCCACUGUUUGACCGGUCCAAGCAGGGCGUGGGGAAGAGCCAGGUGGGG